CCGCAAUGUUGGCCGGCCUGUGCGCAAGUCCGACCAAAGUCGUCUUCACGGUGUUCUCCUCUUCGACGUUUUAACCUUCUCUCAGGCUUCCGCGAUCGAUCCGCGGAGCCGGAAUAAUCGCGGUAGGAUUUUUCCGAUAGUCGUGAAACUGCCUCUCCGACAACCAUCCAGCGGAUCGUGUACUGACUAGCAUAACCCUUUCGCACAUUGCACCUCUGGCUAACAUGGCGGCGACGUUAGGUCGGAUUUGUAAGUCGGGUCUUCUGAAACCGAAUUAUGGCACGUUGAUCGGCCAGACCAGUAAUUUUUCCACCGUGAAAGAAUGGCCUAGGAGUCGGAAAGUGUUGUUAACAUGCUUAGGAGUGACUGCCGGAGGCAUCAGUGCCUUCAUCUAUGCUUUAGAUAGCUCGGUAAGAGCUAGCGAAUUGAUAGCUCAUCCUCCAACAUAUAAAUGGGAUUUCUAUGGAUGGUUUAACUCCCUAGAUCAUGCUAGUAUGCGACGAGGAUGGGAAGUCUACAAGAACGUGUGUGCAGCUUGUCACAGUUUGCAAUACGUGGCGUAUCGUCACCUUGUUAAUGUUACUCACACUGAAGCAGAAGCCAAAGCUCUCGCAGAAGAAGUCAUGAUAGAAGAUGGCCCUAACGAAGCAGGAGAGAUGUUCAAACGUCCGGGAAAACUUUUUGACUACGUGCCAUCGCCAUACCCGAAUGAAGAAGCUGCUAGAGCAGCGAACAAUGGUGCUUAUCCACCUGAUCUAUCUUAUAUGAUUAAUGCUAGGCACAAUGGAGAGAAUUACGUUUUCUCUUUAUUGACCGGAUAUUGUGAUCCACCAGCUGGUAUAAAUUUAAGAGAAGGACAAUAUUUUAAUCCAUAUUUUCCAGGUGGUGCCAUUGGUAUGGCACAGGCUAUUUAUGACGAAGUCUUAGAAUAUGAAGAUGGUACUCCAGCAACUGCCUCUCAGGUAUCAAAAGAUAUUACCACAUUCCUAAUGUGGACUGCCAAUCACGAAUUCGAUGAUCGAAAAAGAAUGACUAUUAAGGGUAUUGGAAUAUUUGCAAUUCUUAUUGCUGCUUCAUAUUAUUUCAAGCGACACAAGUGGACAACUAUAAAGAGUACAAAAAUUAUGUUUGUCCCUAAAAAAUACCGCACGUAGAAAGCCAAGAAAAAUUAACGUUGCGAUGUUAGCUAUUGUGCUGAUAUAUCGGAAUGUAGUUUCACAAUUUACGCAAAUAUAUCCGGCAAGUUGUGCUCCUCUCUAAAGAUUCAAACUUACUCAUAUAACAUUUGACAAACUAUGUCAAUUUGUCAUCAUUACCAAAAUCUAUUAAAUUAAGCAUUGUACAUAGUUAUAUCGAAUGGAGUCAUCGUCUGGUUUAAAUAAAUUGUUAACAUAAAAAA